CACUCCUUUUUCAGAAACCCUUAUCUCUAUCUUACCCCAGGUCACGUACCCUGGUGACUGUCUUCCUCAUACCCUGUCUGUGGAAUUCAGUCUUUCUCAAUUCAGCUACUGUCCUUUCCCUCUGGCCAUCACAUGCCCCUGGGCCUCCGUCGAUAGCAGCUUGUUGCAGCCCGCAGUAGGGCUCCAGCAUCGUCAACUCCUGUGCCCUGGAAAAAAGGACCAGUUGAGACCUCUCUCCUUCAAUCACCAAACGAACCUUGCGACGACCAUUUUACGACCAUAGACUCGUGCUUUCUAUCCCGUUUAAUACUCUUCAACAAUUUCACAUAGAACAAAAGAACCACGUUGUGUGGAUACCAUCGAUCACAAUGCGGCGCGGUGUUGUCAUCUUCAUCUUGGUCAACGUCCUGAUCAUCACGUUCCUAGUCCGGAGCGUCUUCACGCUCUUGAGCUUGUUGGUGGAGGAUGCGGCCGCAGAUGCCAUUCACCGUUCGGAUAUCCCGUCGCCCAACUCGAGUCUGAUCGAGACCCGGCCCCAGAUCAUCCCCAAGAUCAUUCAUCAGACAUACAAGAACGAGAGCAUUCCAUUGCAUUGGCAGGAAGCGCAGCAGAGCUGCAUUGACCUGCAUCCUGACUAUGAAUACAUUCUUUGGACGAACGAAAAGGCUCGCGAUUUCAUCGCUGCUGAGUAUCCCUGGUUCUUGGACACCUUCGAUGGCUACGAGUACCCCAUUCAGCGCGCAGACUCGAUCAGAUAUUUCGUUCUGGCGCACUAUGGUGGAACCUACAUCGAUCUGGAUGAUGGCUGCAACCGCCGUCUGGAUCCCCUCCUGGCCUACCCGGCCUGGGUUCGUCGCACCGCUCCUACAGGUAUCUCGAACGACGCUAUGGGUUCCGUUCCUCAGCACCCUUUCUUCCUGCGCGUGAUUGAGACCCUGCAGGCCUACGACCGGAGCUGGCUGCUUCCGUACAUCACCGUCAUGUACUCGACUGGUCCGUUGUUCCUGUCGGUCAUCUGGAAGCAGUACAUGGGCGACAAGCCCAGCGAGUCGGGUCGGGUCCGUAUCCUGAUGCAGGACGAGUACAACCGUCACUCCUGGAGCUUCUUCACCCACCACAAGGGUAACAGCUGGCACGGAAAGGACGCGAGAUUGAUCUUCUGGAUGGGUGGACACUGGAUGCUCCUGACCGUCCUCGGAUUCGUCCUCGCUGGUGUUGUCGGCUUCGCCGUCUGGUGGGCAUAUGGCCGUCUGCUGCUGCUCGGUGCCCAGUACCGUUACCGCUACCGCAAGAUCCCAGGCGCCGCCACGGUCUCGCGGUCCAAGUCUCCGCUGCGCAUGCCCAACUUCCUGCGCCGAGUCAGCGCCAACAAGGAUGAGGAGUGCGGCGUCAUCGAAACCACGUACGAACUUUACAGCAGACGCGAUUAAGCGCGCGCGCUCUGAGUUUUUGUUUUACAUCAUGUUUUGCGUCUCUUGGGAACGGCGAUUGCCUUGAUAUUCAGUCAUCGAGCGGAUCAAGUGUGAUUUAUCAUCUACGUCGGUAACUAUUGGAUGUGUUUGGCGCUGCGUGUUGUUUGAGGUUCCUGUUGAG